AUGACUCAAGAACUGGAGCGAAUUUUCGCAGACUUGGGCCUGUCCCAAUAUCUCGACGCAUUUAUUGACCAAGGUUUCGAUGCCUGGGAAAUCAUUCUUGAUAUCCAAGAGUCCGAUCUAGAUGCUUUGGGUGUAAAAUUAGGCCAUCGAAGAAAGUUGCAGAGGCGUAUCGCAAAUGCCAGGGGCAUUGCGCCUAGUGUGUCGUUAAGCUCGCCUGUUAGGCCGGGAUCUGAUGAAUCAAAGCAAGAUGGGGUGAAGCGAGAUUCGUCCCGGCCGGAUGGGACUGCUGCCGAGUCCAACGGUGUCACAAAGAGGAAAUACCGGCGGCAUCCCAAGCCAGAUCCAAAUUCCCCCGAGCGGCCGCCGUCGGCAUAUGUCUUGUUCUCGAACAGUAGGAUCUCCUCUGAUGUCAAAUCUGUAACCGUAUGCCAAGGACUGACCGUGUACUUUCUUCCAGAAAUGAGAGAAGAUCUCAAAAGCCAUAAUCUCACGUUUACGGAGAUUGCCAAGUUGGUGGGAGAGAAUUGGCAGAGCCUUCAACCCGCCGAAAAGGACACUUAUGAGAGUCAAGCCAACGCUGCAAAAGAAAAGUAUAACCGAGAGUUGGGGGAAUACAAGAAGACGCCAGAAUACCGCAAGUACUCGCAAUAUCUCCAUGACUUUAAAGAGAAACAGGCCAAGCAGUACAAAGGGCAAGAUGGCUCCAAGAGAGCCAAGGUUGAGCCUGCCAGACUGCGUCAUGGUAGUACGAGUAGCAGUGCAACACCGAACACGACAAAUUCAAGCGCCAGUGGCAGCAGCAGCAGUGAACGACUUCAGGGAAGUGAACCACCACCAACCCGACGAGAUCGCGUGGACUCCACCACGUCGCUUGCCGAAUCGCCUCAUUCUUCGGCUGCACCGACGCCAGUAUCGGCUCACAAUUCGUAUGAUGACGCUGGAGCAUCUCCGCAGGCGCUGCAAUUCGAUAACGGGAGCCCAGCAGACCCUCAUCAUCCGUCUCGGCACCAGCCCGCCAUGCGUGGGAGAGGUCGGGCUGAUUCAAUGCACCAGCACCUGCCAUCCGUUUCCGACAUGUUAGACGGCAGGCAACAGGCGAUUGUUCAUCCAGUCCCAGACGGUCUUUCAUACCCCAGUCGACGAGGAAAUGGCUCCGCACGCACGUCUCUUGAUGGCGCAUCUUUCCUUCCUGGAGGGCGACCCCCUACUUUAAGGCACGAGUCCUCGUCGAACAGCACCAACGUAUCUGGUAGUUCAGUGGGUAGCUUUGGUCGGCUAAUGGGGGAAGGUCCGUUGCCGAUUCAUGCUCUGCUCUCGGAUCGCAACUCAGUCGGACCUUCGUUCCAUGAGAAACUGCACAACCCAAUUCUUAGCGGCGCUACUGGUACAAUGAGUACGCAUCAGCCUCUCGUUGGUCUUGCCCAUGGCCCUAGCGGUUAUGGCUUUCAAUCCGACUCGUCACCGUUCCAUCACAUGAAGGUCGAACAGUCAAGUGAAGGAGACGUGGUCAUGACAACCGAUGAGACGCCGCCACCCCCCAGGCAAUCCCGCAGAGCAAAGGAUAAUCUCGAUGGCAUGGAUGCCCUUUUGCGAGCUGGUGAGAUUGUCGGACGUGGGGGGCGGCGGUAA